GUGCAGCAAAGGCCGGCUAGGCGAGACGUUCCGCUUCUUUAGAAGGGCUCCGAGAGGAGUCAUGAAGGGGAGCUUUAGCCAGAGUCCGCCCCCGGAGGGGCACGGCAAUGGGUCCUCCUGCUGCCCGGUGUGGCGCCUGCCGAGGGGUCUGGCUUUGGGUCCGUCCCUGUCCGCCGAGAAGGGGCUGGGAGUGUGGUGCGUGGGGCGGACCUUGCAACCGGGCACGAGGCUGCUUCUGCAGGGGACAAGGGAAGAGGAGGAGGAGGAGGCGGCGGCGGCGGCACCCCCGGCGGCAGCGGCAGCGGCAGCUUCGGUCCCUUCUUCUUCGGCGGUAUUUCUACCAACCUCUUGGAAAGAGACUCCUGCUUGCAGCAAGAUAUCCAGCUGGUGGAGCCUGGUGAAGCAAAGCCAUGAUGAAGGCAAGGCAAAUGUGGCAUUUGAAAGGAUCGGUGGGGAGCUCCACAUCCGAGUAUGCUGCCCCAUUGCUGUUGGCACCGAACUGCUCUGCUGGUUGACAGGUCCUCUAACUAGCCCUGCUUGCCUAGAAAGAAAUGGAUCAAGAAGUGGGUCAGAUGGGCUAUUACAGAAGAAAGAACUACAAGACCUGCUAGCAGGGGCCAUGACGGGAACCAGAAAUGUAGAACUAGAAGUUUCUGUCCAGCAAGGAAAGUCCUCCUUAAAUGGAAGUGCCAUAGAUUCCUUUGCAGGCGUUCCUGAUAUAUUCAAGAUUGUGGAACACAAAGCAAGAGACCCUUGUGUUCCUAGGCUGAAUAAAAAGGUGCCAACUGAACAGCCCCUUCAUUCAGAUGAGGAAGGCAAGAAAAGGAAUGAAACCAGGCUUCUGACGAAGACCAAGAAACAGAGAGAAGAGAGCCAGCAGUUCGUGAGCUGCACCAUAGGUGAAGACAGUGAAGGCAAAGAAGAUGUGCCAGAUUCUCUGGCAGAUCUAAUGACAGAGACGGCAGCAGAGUCAACAUUGGGUAAAACGUCUUCACAGCCACUGUCCAGUGUAGUUUCACUCAAGACUUCCUUGCCUGAGAAGGUUCAGCAGCUGAAGGUCUCAUCUUGUGUGGAAGAGGUCCCCCCUGGUUGUGCCAUGCCCACACGCAGGGACAGAAGGAGGAAGCAAGGAGGGAAUACCAAACAAGAGGAGAAGUCUCAAAGCAAGAUGAGCCCACUUCCACUCAUGAGGGAGGGAGGCAGUGAACGACGGUAUCAGUGCGAAGAAUGUGGUAAAGCCUUCCUGCAGCUUUGCCAUCUGAAAAAACAUCGCUUUGUGCACACUGAUCACAAACCAUUUCUGUGCAUGGAGUGUGGCAAGAGCUAUAGUUCAGAGGAGAGUUUCAAAGCACAUAUCUUGGGCCAUCAAGGGGUGCGGCCUUUCCCCUGCCCACAGUGCCACAAGGCGUAUGGCACCAAGCGUGACCUUCGAGAACACCAGGUCCUGCACACAGGCCAGCGCCCUUUUGUCUGCCCAGAAUGUGGGAAGUCCUUUGCUCGACGCCCCUCUCUCCGUAUCCACCGCAAAACACACCAAGUGAAGAAGCCAACUCCUUCUGCUGUAGAUGCCUGUCAGUGUGUCAUAUGUGGGCGGGACCUAGCCAACCCUGGAUCACUGCGCAAUCAUAUGCGACUGCACACAGGGGAACGCCCCUAUACUUGCCCCUACUGUUCCAAAGCUUUCCGGCAGCAAGGCAACCUGCGUGGGCAUCUCCGCCUCCAUACAGGAGAGCGCCCUUAUCGCUGCCACUUCUGUGGAGACGCUUUCCCCCAGCGCCCUGAGCUGCGCCGCCACAUGAUCUCUCAUACAGGUGAAGCUCACUUCUGCACAGUCUGUGGGAAGGCACUGCGUGAUCCACACACACUACGAGCACAUGAGCGCCUGCACACAGGCGAGCGCCCCUUCCGCUGCCAUCUGUGCCCCAAAUCCUAUCCUUUAGCCACGAAGCUCCGGCGCCACCAGAAAGCCCACCAUGAUGACAAGCCCCACCGAUGUAAUGUUUGUGGCAUGGGCUAUGCUCUGCCCCGGAGUCUGUGGCGACAUCAGCUUGAGCACAACAGCAACCUGAACAGGGAUCUCUCUCCAGCUGGCAGUGGGAGAGGCACCCAGCAGUUGCAAACUUUAGAACAGCCCACAGUGCUGCUUGUGCACUCGAUAGAUGCAGCAGUGCCGAGGAACAACGCCAAAUUUUGCAGCACCAGUAAUGGGCACUAUGCUGCGGCACAGCAAAAUUCUCCUGGAGAUGAAGAUGUAAUGAAUACCAUACUCUCAGAUGCUGAGGAAGAAUGUAUGAUAGUUCAGGAGGAGGGCACUGCCAGUGACUUGUUCAUUAUUCAGGAGGGUGUUGGUUUUAGCACUGUGGCUGAAGUGGUUGAGAUUGAGGUGGGAACAUGACUGCUAGUCUUUAUAAAUCACAUUAAAAUCAUUUGAGUAUGUCCAA